AUGAAUAUCCACCCAGCUGCUUAUAGAGUUUCCCAAUAAAAUAUCCUUUGAAAUGAAUGCUUUGAGCACCCAGCACAACAGCAUUUGGAAAGGAAUCAGCUGUGUGAGGAGGUGAAAUGAAACAUUAACUCUCGUUCCUUAAAUGUGGACUGUGCAUAGUGCCUUCCUUCUGAAGAGUGCAGCAUGGAAAGGGGGAAAUAAUGACUUUACAGUGGAGAGAGCUGACAAACAAGACUUCAGCCAGAAGUUUCAAUGGGCUCUGGAAAUGUAGGUCAAAUUACAUCACCACAGAAAGGAACGAACAGGAAGCUUGAAUAUUCUAUACUCUGCAUUGAUAUAUUUGAACAACCACUAACGUUGAGUGUGCCGAUGUCGUAUCUGAUUAUAGCAUUAACCUUAUUGCCUACUGUUAAGGCUGAUACCAUGAAGUUAAAGGGAAAAUUACCACAGGAAAAGCCCAUCAACAAAAUCUGAACAGAAUUAAGAAGAAAGCAUUUCCACGGAUAUAGCAGAUGAAGAGCCCCUGGUAAACCAAUCAGGAGUUUUACCGGCCCUCCAGAGAAAAGAAAUACCUGGGCCCUGGCCAGUUUGGCUCAGCGGUUGGAGCGUCGGCCUGCGGACCAGAGAGUCCUGGGUUCGGUUUCCGCUAGGGGCACGUACCAAAAAACAAACAAACAAACAAAAAGAAAUACCUGGUAAACUGGAUUCUAGGUGACUAACCAUCACUUGUGAUUGCUGCUGAUGCCACAUCCCCCAGAAAUCAUUCGGAAACAAAUACCCCUGUUGUUCUGAAGUGGAGAAGGGCAAGAAGCUCUGGAAAGGAGCAAAGGAGCGGAAAGAAUGUCGGAGCGGGCCGCGGAUGACGUCAGGGGGGAGCCGCGCCGAGCAGCAGCGGCCGCGGGCGGAGCAGCGGCCGCGGCUGCCCGGCAGCAGCAGCAGCCUCCGCAACCCCAGCGGCAGCCUCCGCCGCCGCUGCGGCGCCUACGGCCAGAGGACGGCGGCUCCGGGGCCGCCUCCACCUCGGCCGCCGUCGCAAUGGCGACCGUCGGGGAGCGCAGGCCUUUGCCCAGUCCCGAAGCGAUGCUGGGACAGUCGUGGAAUCUGUGGGUCGAAGCUUCCAAACUUCCUGGGAAGGACGGGACGGAAUUGGACGAAAGUUUCAAGGAGUUUGGGAAAAACCGAGAAGUCAUGGGGCUCUGUCGUGAAGACAUGCCAAUAUUUGGUCUCUGUCCAGCCCACGAUGAUUUCUACUUGGUGGUGUGUAACGAUUGUAAUCAGGUUGUCAAACCGCAGGCAUUUCAGUCACAUUAUGAAAGAAGACAUAGCUCAUCCAACAAGCCUUCUUUGGCCGUCCCUCCCACAUCAGUAUUCUCCUUCUUCCCUUCUCUGUCCAAAAGCAAAGGCGGCAGUGCCAGUGGGGGCAGCCGCUCUGCCAGCGGAGGUGUUCUCAGCGCAUCCUCACUGAGUUCCAAGCUGUUGAAAUCGCCCAAAGAGAAACUGCAGCUCAGGGGGAACACCAAGCCAAUGCAUCCCAUUCAGCAAAGUAGAGUCCCCCAUGCUAGAAUCAUGACGCCCUCUGUUAAAGUGGAGAAGAUUCAUCCCAAGAUGGAUGGCACACUACUGAAAUCUGCGGUGGGGCCAACCUGUCCUGCUACUGUGAGUUCCUCAGUCAAGCCUGGCCUUAACUGCCCCUCAAUACCAAAGCCAACCUUGCCUUCACCUGGACAGAUUCUGAACGGCAAAGGGCUUACUGUGCCGCCCACUCUGGAAAAGAAAUCUGAAGAUAAUUCCAGUAACAGGAAAUUUUUAAACAAGAGAUUAUCAGAAAGAGAGUUUGAUCCUGACAUACACUGUGGGGUUAUCGAUCUCGACACCAAGAAGCCCUGCACCCGGUCUUUGACAUGCAAGACACAUUCCUUAACCCAACGGAGGGCUGUCCAGGGUAGAAGAAAACGAUUUGAUGUGUUAUUAGCCGAGCACAAAAAUAAAACCAGGGAAAAGGAAUCAAUUCGCCAUCUGGACUCUCAGCAACCAACACAGCCUCUCAGGGACCCGCAUCCCGCCCCUCCUAGAACUUCGCAGGAGCCACACCAAAACUCUCAUGGAGUGAUUCCUUCCGAAUCAAAGCCUUUUGUAGCUAGUAAACCUAAACCUCACACCCCCAGUCUUCCAAGGCCUCCAGGCUGCCCUGCUCAGCAAGGGGGGAGUGCCCCCAUUGACCCUCCUCCGGUCCAUGAGUCUCCACACCCUCCCCUGCCUGCCACUGAGCCAGCUUCUCGGUUAUCCAGUGAGGAGGGAGAAGGCGAUGACAAAGAAGAGUCUGUUGAAAAACUGGACUGUCAUUAUUCAGGUCAUCAUCCUCAGCCAGCAUCUUUUUGCACAUUCGGGAGCCGGCAGAUUGGAAGAGGCUAUUAUGUGUUUGACUCCAGGUGGAACCGGCUUCGCUGCGCCCUCAACCUCAUGGUGGAGAAGCAUCUGAACGCGCAGCUGUGGAAGAAAAUCCCGCCCGUGCCCAGCACCACAUCGCCCGUCUCCACACGUGUUCCUCACCGGACAAACUCUGUGCCCACGUCACAGUGUGGGGUCAGCUAUCUGGCAGCAGCCACCAUGUCUACAUCCCCAGUCCUGCUCUCAUCCACCUGCAUCUCCCCAAACAGCAAAUCGGUACCAGCUCAUGGAACCACACUAAAUGCACAGCCUGCCACAUCCGGGGCAAUAGACCCCGUGUGCAGUAUGCAAUCCAGACAAGUGUCCUCCUCCUCCUCGUCCCCCUCCACACCCUCCGGCCUGUCCUCAGUGCCCUCCUCCCCUAUGUCCAGGAAACCUCAGAAGUUGAAAUCCAGCAAGUCUCUAAGGCCCAAGGAGCCCUCUGGUGGCAGCACUAACUGUCACAACUCCAGCAGCAGCAGUGCCAGUGGCACCUCAGGAAAGAAACGCAAAGCUGGUUCCCCACUCUUAGCUCACUCUUCCUCCUCGGCCGCCACCGCCUCUUCUUCCCAUUCCGUGGAGUCUUUUAGGAAGAACUGUGUGGCCCACUCUGGACCUCCUUACCCCUCCACCGUGACAUCUUCCCAUGGCAUCAGCCUAAACUGCGUGACAAACAAAGCGAACUCGAGUGUCCGGCAUGAGCAGUCAGGGAGGGGCGCCCUUGGAGGGAGCCCUGCCGAGUCCAUCAAGAGGAUGAGUGUGAUGGUGAACAGCGGCGACUCCACACUCUCCCUCGGCCCGUUCAUCCACCAGGCCAGCGAGCUGCCCGUCAAUUCCCACGGCAGUUACUCACACACUCCUCUCGACAAACUCAUAGGAAAGAAGAGAAAGUGCUCGCCUGGCUCGAGUGGCGGCGGCAGCAGCAGCAGCAGCAGCAAACCCACAAAGGUUGCCAAAUUGCCAGCCAUGAACAACGUCCACAUGAAACACCCAGGCACCAGCCCAGGGACACAAGGUCUGACGAACAGCUCCUUCCUCCAUCAGGAUCUCUCCUCACCUUGCUUACGAACAGGAAUUUCAGCAGCAUCACCCCAGAGCCCUGACUUAAAAUCCAAAGACCCGUCCCUGACAACUGAAAAUAGCACGGGGAGGAAUAAUCUGGACACUUUUGAUGACAAGUUACACCUCCACUCAGCACUCUGGACUCCAAGAUGCCUUUGAGCGUCUCCCAGCCUCCUGUGGGCUCCAGGGCAGAGCUGCGGCUGUUGGAGCGAGGUCCCCCUGGAGCUGUGCCUGUAGCAGUGAGUACUCGUGAAGGACACUGGGUCGAGCUCAGCCACCGAACUGCUUGUCAGUGUUAGAGUGGUCUGGGCUGCUUGCUACCAGACUGUGAGAGACGUCUGUUUGUUCUUUUAACUUGCAGUAUAUCACAAAGCCACUCUUCCAGCAGAUUGGCUGGGUGAAAGAAUGUUCUGCAAGAACAUUACUGUAGACUUUUCUCCCUCCUCUCCCACCCCACUUCUGUUUUACACUGUCCUCUGCAGGUCACUAGCAGUUAGGCACCUUAACUGGAGACACCUUCCAGAGGGGAGACAGAGCGCCACCCUGAGCAAGCUCUAGAGAAGGAGGGUUGUCGCUGGCUGUAAUAGCAGUGUUCUGGGCCCGGAGUAUGGUUGUUACUCAUGCAUCGUGACAGAGUAGCCUGUAUUUUGCCUAGCAUUUUGCAAGUAAUUUGGGGUAAGAAACUAUCAAAAGUUUCUAACUUACAGACUGGUUUAAAGCUAUUGAUGCCUGGAGAGCGAGUCCACACCAUUUUAGAGGCUUACUUUUCAUGGUACAAAAGUAAUUCUAUGUGAUUAAAAAAAAAAAAAAAAAGGGAAAGAAAAUGCAAACUAGUUUU